GGAAUUGAGCUAGAGUCGAGAUGGAGAGCUACCUCGAGGAGAACUUUGGGACGCGCAAGGCCAACCUCAGCAAGCGCUCCGAGCCGGCCGCCAUGAAGCGGACCAACCAGGAGAAGCUGCCUGAUGCUGUGCUUGAUUCAAAGGCUGAACCUCUGCUCAUCCAUGUGCACCCUUGUCAGGCGUCUUCGAACUAUACUCGAUGAAGUUGUUGCGGUGACUGGAGACGGGACAAACGAUGCAUCUGCUCUUUAUGAGGCUGAUAUUGGGCUGGCAAUGGGAAUCGCCGGAACUGAGGUUGCAAAAGUGAGUGCUGAUGCCAUUAUUCUCGACGACGACUUCACUAUUGACACCUUUGCAAAAUGGGGUCGAUCAGUGUAUAUCAACAUCCAGAAGUUUGUGCAGUUUCGGUUGACAGUCAAUGUCGUUGCUCUCGUUGUUAACUUCUCAUCAGCAUGCUUGACAGGGAGUGCUCCUCUUACUGCUGUGCAAUUGCUCUGGGGCAACAUGAUCAUGGACAGACUAGGAGCACUGGCAUUAGUAACAGAAUCCCCAAACAAUGAAUUGAUGAAGAGAGCUCCUGUUGGAAGGUUUGGAAACUUCAUCAGUAACAUUAUGUGGAGGAACAUCCUGGGACAGGCCUUCUACCAGUUCUUUGUAAUUUGGUAUCUUCAGACCCAAGGGAAGUGGCUGUUCGGAAUCGAAGGAGAGAGCUCCGAUCUAGUCUUGAACACACUCAUCUUCAAUUGCUUUGUAUUCUGCCAGGUAUUCAAUGCGGUUAGCUCAAGAGAGAUGGAGAGGAUAAACAUAUCUGAUGGAAUUCUGAACAACAACGUGUUCAUUGCCGUCCUCGGUAGCACCGUCAUCUUCCAGUUCACCAUCAUACAGUUUCUUGGCGAUUUUGCAAACACUACCCCUCUCUCAUUCAAGCAAUGGAUCGCCUGCAUUUUCAUCGGUUUCAUAGGCAUGCCUAUCGCUGCUAUUGUGAAGCUGAUUCCAGUUGAUUCUACGUAGGAAACUAGAACUAAUUUCAGUCAGAAAUUGAAUUUGGGCAGGGCUAUAGCCUGAUCAUGGCAAUGCAAUUU